GGGCGGUUUUGUCUAGCGGGUUCCGGAUGGACUGGUGUUCGCAGCACCCCCCCGGCACGUGUCCACGCGCGCGGCCGCGGUACGGAGUAUGCCCUGCCAGUAGGUGACUCAACGUGGCAGUGGUUGAGCGCGGGAUGAGGCCCGGCCCUGGCGCGGGGCGCGGGCUGCUGCGGCCCUUUCCUCCUCACGCCCCAGCGGGCCCCUAUGUUCCUGUCCAGCCGCUCCAUGUCUUUACCCCGGUACUACCUCCACCCGCAAUCGCCUCCUCUCCGGACUGCGCGCCCGUGGCCUCUGCGUUUCAGUUCAAAGGUUUACCAUGGAGCCAUCUCUGCAAUGCAGCCCCUUCCACAUUGCCCCAGCCCCAUGGAGCUGGCGCUCCCAUGGUGCUGUGCAAUUGCCUGUUCCUGUGUGCCUCUGCUCCCCCGACACUACGAGCCCUGGAGGGCAGGGCCAGAAUGCUCGUUAACCCUGUGACGACAGCUUCACCAGAGGAGCCCUUGGGAGCUUAUACUGCCCAGGCCUGUCUCCGCCAGGUUCAUGGAGCAAGUACAGCCCAGACUGGCUGAGGAGGAAGGACUGUGGCCACACUACACCUAUUGGGUGUCAGUCAACUCUCCAGAGAUCAAUUCUUCCACUAGCAAUGCCACAAAUGAUUCCUAAUUCUCCAAAUUCCAGUUUCCCAUCUAGCCAAACACACAGUCACUAACAUUACAUUGUGGUUCCACUUACAAAUGACUGCAUUUUCAGGUGGAGGUGUUCCUUAAACCAUUCUCUCUGGAUGGCAUUCCUUCCUCCCUCCUCUUCUUCAUCCCCAUUUUCAGUCCGUAGGAUGAACUUCUUUGUAUGUAAUCUCCCAAACAUCUACCGCUGGAGUUCUCAGCUUUGACCCCCAUCAGACUACGCAUGAGGCAGGGUGCAGAUUCUUCCACUUGCACCUCCUCUCCCCUUCUCUCCCUCCGCCGCCUUUUAAAAAAGUUACUUGUCCCAUUUCUACAUUGUGAAAACACGUAGAUUUGUAUUCCAUUCCUCAGCCCUGAACCACACCUUUGUUUUUGUCUUGGAUCUGCAAUUGAAGAUAUUAAAAGCUGUUUGCCAUUCC